GACCCCAGGUGUACCAAUCUUAUUUAACUCCACGAAGUUGUUACAACUGAAUGUAGUUGUCUUCGUUGCACGCACAUCAUGUUGUAUUCUCUCGGUCUUUUUUUAUCGCAUACGUGAAUAUCGUAUGAGAGCCUCAAGCAGAAGAAAGAGUGUGAUUUGCAUAAUGGGUAACCGACAAAUAAAGAAGGAAUCUGUGGAGGAAUCACAAGAAAAUAAUAUAAUAAAAGCUGAGGAGGAAUUGCCGAACGCCGAAGAAAGAUCAAAUGAAGAAAAAGAAAAUAAGGAGCAGGAGAUUGAUUGUAAUACCGUAGAAAGAUCAAAUGAAGAAGAGAAGAAGAUAGAAAUAGAACGCACCAGGGGUGGCGUAAAGCGUGCCGAACGAGACGAGAAAUAUAAGUGGUCGGCAAGGAGAAAGCUUAUUUCUCGCAGAGACGAAGGAGGAAGAAGAGGAAGAGGAUGGAGAGGAGGAAGAGGAUGGAGAGGAGGGAGAGGAUGGAGAGGAGGAAGAGGAUGGAGAGGAGGGAGAGGAGGAAAAGAAGGAAGAGGAAGAGGGGGGGAGAUAAGACGAGGAAAUCCAGUUAAUAACUAUUACAAUUAUUAUUAUUAAAUUAAAAAUAUAUAUAUAUAUUUAUAUUUGUCUACAUUUUAUUCACACAGUAUCAUAUUAUCUUUUAGCUAAGAGGGGACAGAUCUGUGAUUAAACAAAAAUUAAAUUAGAGAUUAAUUUGAGAGAGUAAAUAUAUAACAUUUUUAAGACCGUUCCGCUCGAAAGCCGCGAUCUUUGCACUCGUUCGGCAGAAAAUGCCGCGAGUAAAUGUAUAAAAUCUUUAAGAUCGUUCCGCUCGAAAGCCGCGAUCUUUGCACUCGUUCGGCAGAAAAUGCCGCGAGUAAAUGUAUAAAAUCUUUAAGAUCGUUCCGCUCGAAAGCCGCGAUCUUUGCACUCGUUCGGCAGAAAAUGCCGCGAGUAAAUGUAUAAAAUCUUUAAGAUCGUUCCGCUCGAAAGCCGCGAUCUUUGCACUCGUUCGGCAGAAAAUGCCGCGAGUAAUUGUAUAAAAUCUUUAAGAUCGUUCCGCUCGAAAGCCGCGAUCUUUGCACUCGUUCGGCAGAAAAUGCCGCGAGUAAAUGUAUAAAAUCUUUAAGAUCGUUCCGCUCGAAAGCCGCGAUCUUUGUAUUCGAUCGGCACAAAGUGCCGCGAGUUAAUGAAAAAUUAUUAUUUCACAGGGUCUGAUUAAUUUA